AUGGGUGGACAGUCUUUCCAUGUCUGCAAGGACCACAAGCCUCUAGGUCCUGAAAGGCUGCCAGUGAUUUCUGUCAUGUUCCUGGCCACCAUGAUAGGUAACUCUCUAAUUGUGGGGAUCACAGCCAUUGACUCUGCCCUACAUACUCCCAUGUACUAUUUCCUAAAGAAUCUUGCCUUGACAGAGAUCUGCUACAGCUUGAGCAUUGUCCCCAAGAUGCUCUUGAUUCUGCUGGGGGAGAGAAAAAUUAUUUCCUUCACAGCUUGUGCCUUGCAACUCAGUUGUGCUAUACUUUUUGUCACCUGUGAGUGCUUUCUCUUAGGUGUAAUGGCCUAUGACCGACAAGUGGCAAUAUGCCACCCUCUGCAUUAUGGCACCAUGAUGAACAGGGACCUCUGCUUCAAAAUGGCUGUUGGGUCUUGGCUCUCUGGGAUACCUGUUGCUCUGGUCUUCCCCAUAUGGCUGUUUACCCUGCCCUUCUGUGGGAGAAACAAGGUAGAUCAUUUCUUUUGUGAUGUUUCUCCCGUGUUGAACCUGGUGUGUGCAGACACAGCUUUGUUUGAACUACUGAUUUUUAUGGCUACAGUCAUGAUAGUGAUGAUCCCCUUUUCACUGAUCAUUAUUUCCUACCUUCUCAUUAUUCAUGCUGUUCUUCAGAUACCCUCGGCUGUGGGUCAGAGGCAGGCCUUUUCCACAUGUGCAGCUCACCUGGUAGUAGUAACUUUUUUCUACAGCACAACAGGCAUCAUUCACUUGCGUCCUAAGUCCAGCCUCUCAAGCAAUAUGAAGAAAAUGGUUUCCCUCUCUUACACAGUUGUUACGCCUAUGAUCAACCCCUUCAUCUAUAGCUUGAGGAAUCAGAAAGUCAAGCAAAGUCUGAGGGAAUGCAUCAACAAGAGGCUACUUAGGAAGCAGAUGAUCUUUUCUCUGUCCAGCUCAUGAGUUCCUCGUAGCUGCACGGGAAAUUCACUGCUUCCCUAGUGAAUAAUUUUAACAGGUAUUUCUGAAAGAAUUUAAAUGCCUUUCAAAAACAUGCUAUUUAAACUUUCCUUUGCUGUUAAAUCCAUACAGUAUCAGUCCCUUUUCACUGAGCACUUUUCACUGAGCACUUCUCACUGAGCACUUCUUCUUACAGAAGAAAUAAUUGUGAUUUUCCCUCUGGCCUUGCAAGCAACUUAGUAAACCUGACAAAGUACAGGAAUAUCUGAAAAGUCAGUGUCUUUGCUAUAACAUUUGAUUCAUUCCCCAUCAUAAGUGGUGUACAUAAGUGGUAACUUAUGUACAUAGAUAUGAAAAGUCUCUAGCUUAUGAAAG